UUAGGUCCUGAGAUCAUGAGCAAGCUGGCUGGUGAGUCUGAGAGCAACCUGAGGAAAGCCUUUGAAGAAGCAGAGAAGAAUGCUCCUGCCAUCAUCUUCAUUGAUGAACUGGAUGCCAUUGCUCCUAAAAGAGAGAAGACACACAGAGAGGUGGAACGUCGCAUUGUGUCUCAGCUGCUGACUGUUAUGGAUGGACUGAAACAGAGAGUACAUGUGAUCGUUAUGGCAGCCACCAACAGACCAAACAGCAUUGACCCAGCUCUCAGGCGAUUUGAUUGUUUUGACAGAGAGGUAGAUAUUGGUAUCCCAGAUGCCACUGGGCGCUUGGAGAUUCUGCAGAUUCGCACAAAAAAUAUGAAACUGGAUGAUGAUGUGGAUCUGGAACAGGUGGCAAACGAGACCCAUGGCCAUGUUGGCGCUGACUUGGCUGCUCUUUGCUCAGAAGCCACUCUUCAGGCUAUCAGAAAGAAGAUGGAUCUCAUAGACCUAGAAGAUGAAACCAUUGAUGCUGAAGUGAUGAACUCACUGGCUGUGACCAUGGAUGACUUCAGGUGGGCUCUGAGCCAGAGCAACCCUUCUGCUCUUAGGGAGACAGUGGUGGAGGUGCCACAAGUUACCUGGGAAGAUAUUGGGGGUUUAGAAGAUGUAAAGAGAGAACUCCAGGAACUUGUACAGUAUCCUGUGGAACACCCAGACAAAUUCCUCAAAUUUGGCAUGACCCCAUCUAAAGGGGUUCUGUUCUAUGGGCCACCUGGUUGUGGUAAGACACUCCUGGCCAAAGCCAUUGCUAAUGAAUGCCAGGCAAACUUCAUUUCCAUCAAGGGGCCAGAAUUGCUCACUAUGUGGUUUGGUGAGUCUGAAGCCAACGUGCGUGAGAUCUUUGACAAAGCUUGCCAAGCAGCCCCAUGUGUGCUCUUCUUUGAUGAGCUGGACUCCAUCCCCAAGGCCCAAGGUGGGAAUAUCGGUGAUGGUGGUGGUGCUGCAGAUCGUGUCAUCAACCAGAUUCUGACCGAGAUGGAUGGCAUGUCCACCAAGAAAAACGUCUUCAUCAUUGGUGCCACCAACAGGCCAGACAUCAUUGACCCAGCCAUCCUGCGCCCCGGCCGCCUGGAUCAGCUCAUCUGCAUCCCCCUGCCUGAUGAGAAGUCCCGGGUUGCAAUUCUUAAGGCAAAUCUGAGGAAAUCACCAGUUGCCAAGGACGUUGACCUGGAUUUCUUAGCUAAGAUGACCAUUUCGGGGGCUGACCUGACAGAAAUUUGCCAGCGUGCCUGCAAACUGGCCAUCCGCGAAUCCAUCGAGAGUGAGAUCAGGCGAGAGCGUGAGAGGCAGACCAACCCUUCUGCCAUGGAGGUGGAGAAGGAUGACCCAGUCCCUGAGAUACGCAGGGAUCACUUUGAGGAAGCCAUGCACUUUGCUCGCUGCUCUGUCAGUGACAAUGACAUCAGGAAAUAUGAGAUGUUUGCACAGACCCUGCAGCAGAGCCGUGGCUUUGGCAGCUUCAGGUUCCCAUCAGGCAACCAGGGCUGUACUGGUCCGAGCCAAGGUACAGGAGGUGGCAGCGGGGGCAACGUGUACAGCGAAGACAAUGACGACGAUAUCCAUGGUUAA